AUGUCCCCUCAGGGAGCUCUACCUUCUGGCCAAGUUUCAUCUCUCUACGCCUUACGUGUACUAAAAAAGAAGAUACGGGAAUCCAAGUCAGGUCGCUUCAUGGAGAAAGAUAAACGGAUCUUAGAAGAACUGAAGAGUCUUCACUGUGAUCCCCAUCCAUACUGUUCUGUGUAUCCCUCAGAAACUGACCUCACUUUUUGGAGGAUUGUCAUGAAAGGACCUCCAGAAACCCCCUAUGAGAAUGGAAGCUUUGAGCUGUAUUGUCAGUUUGGCCAUGAUUAUCCAGUAAAGCCACCUGUUGUACGGUUCUAUACUCCUAUUUACCAUUGCAACAUCAACAGUGUGGGAAGGAUUUGCCACAACAUAUUUGAUCGAAACUACUCAGCUGAUGUUACUAUGAGAGAGAUCUUGGAUGCUGUAUAUGGACUUCUGAUACUCCCAGAGGCUGACGAUCCACUAGACAGUGUAUUGGCAGAGGAAUUUCAUACUAACAAAGAAAUCUAUGAGCAAGCAGCUAAAGAUGACACUGCAAUUAAUGCAUGUCAGUCCAUGGAAUCUAUUGAAAAG